AUGAAGGCAGUGACAGCGCUGCUUUCCACUUGGCGCAUUUCGUCCUGGACAUCUUUUUAUGAGUGGCAGGGAGCAGCGUCAUCAAAUACGGGAACCUGUGGAUCGACAUAUGCGGAACAUGCGAAAAAGAACAUGAUUGGUCGUGGUGCCAGUCAGCAAGCUCAGACACAAGCACGAACAUACGAGCAGCAGCAAUGGGGCCAGAUAAAAGUGGACCAGCAAACUCCGUGGGAUACGGGUACAUUGGCCGGAUUCAACGCUGUCCAUGUAGCGGCAAAUGAUCCGAAGACAGUAGCUGCUGCCGACUGGGGACCGGCCGGCGCUACCGCAGCAGCAGCGCCUGCACGUUGGGGCCCACCGGCGGCAGUGCAGUGGCCAAUGCAUCCCGUAGCAGCAGCUGCUGCGCCAAGCACGGCCAAUCCGGAGUGGGCAGUUGCAGCAGCAGCUGCUGCCGCCGCUGCAGCUGCUCAUCAUCGUCACGAUGCAGCUGCAGCAAUGAUACCGUGGAAUGGUGGAGCAGCAGCGCCACAUGCACCGUUGCUUUCGCAACCAGCUGGAGCAUGGGGCCAAGUUCCUGGAGUAGUGCAACAUCCUGUGCCGGCUGCCUUGCCAAAUCCCAAUGAGCAGUACGAUCCGAAUCCACAGACACCAGGCCCAUGGAUAGCGCCGCAGCCGCAAGAAAUGAAUAACGACAUGAUGUGGCACGAUCCAAAUCCGAAGCAGAAGAAGGUGCAGCGUGAUACGGGCACGGCGAUCUGGGGCGACCCACAGCAGCAGCCAGUGGAGAUUAAGCGGUGGAAGGACGCGGAAGUGGUUGAUUAUUCACAUGUACAAAGCGCGAUACCCUGUGGUGGCGACUGGAGCAGUAUCCCAGUUUCAGUCAAUGGUACCAUCGCCACAGGCACCGCCUCGAACAGUAGUACUGGAACUUUAACCAAUUCAUGUUGCCCAAACACUGGAGCCAAUGUUUCCACACCAACAACAGCUGGCGGAUGUGCAGGUAGCAAUGGACCUUGGCCAGAAGGUGCGCUUUUGCUUCAGUCUUUACUCUCUCUAAAAUGCUAA